AUGUGCUAUAAUUGCAUGACGAUAUCGACCUCAUCCGUUCAGAACGGAGAUGAAAAGAGCUCACGCUUGAUUGACGAAGAGGAAGUGCGACGACUUUUGGAAAGACGACCAUUGUCUACCACUGAGCUGGUGGCCAAGUUCAAGCCGAGAUGCGUUGGAAUGAAGAAGAAUGAAAUUGUCCAGCGCCUCGCUGAUAUCCUGAAGCGUCUGAAGCCUGAGCAGUCUCGCCGUAACAGCGUGCUGUACUUUUCACUCGUGAAGAAAUGA